CCCUUGUGUUGUGCACUGUCCCCUUGUUCUGAGCACUGCCCCCUGGUAUUAUACACUGUACCAUUGUGCUGGGCGCUGUCCGCUUGUGUUGCGCACUGUUCCCUUGUUCUGAGCACUGCCCCUUUGUAUUAUACACUGUCCCAUUGUGCUGUGCACUGUCCCCUUGUGUUGUGCACUGUUUCCUUGUUCUGA